AUGCACCAUUUAUAUCUGGCUCAGAACCCAUUCAUCUGGACCAACAACCUUGGUGAUGUGUCACUGGGUGCUUCUAGCUAUCUGGCUCAUUCAACAGCUAGGAUCUAUGGUCUGAGUCCUUUGCACAAUUCUGGAACCAGAAGUUCAUUAGGCUCGUAUGGAAACUUUCAGCUAUUACCCACCCAAUGUCCACAUGGAUUCAACACUUGGGUCACAAAGUACAAGGACAGAUUUGGAAUGAACUCAAAGGGAAUUGUUCAAACCACUCUGGAUAUCCCUGUUACUUAUGUUCAGGGUGAUUACAAGUUGGGCGCACUCUUUUCAUACCCACCUGGUGUAAAUUCAAUCACCACCCAAGUUGGAGUCUUGUUUGUAUAUUCAAGCAUGUAUUGCUCUUUCAUGACUCCAAAUAACGCAACAGGUGAAACUCAGGAAAUUGCAGCUUUAGGUGCAAGAAAGAGUCAUAAUUCAUUGAAUCUGGUGUCUGCAGGUGUAUUUGCCAAUACAACAUUGCCAUAUUUUGACUCACUCUAUUGCUCAUGGGACACCACUCAAACUGUCUACCUGUGGAUGAAUCUUCACUUGCCAGUAGAAAAUGCCCAGAUAGCAGAAACUUGCAGUGAUGGAUCGUGGAAGAAUGGAAUCCUUCCUGGUUGGACUCAAGGAGGUAGUGAUGGUACCAAUAUUCUUGCAGACUUUGCCUUGAAGUACUCUUGGCAAGCUGCCAGUCUUGGGGUGGACCUUCAAGAGAUGUACACUGCACUUGUGAGUGAUGCAGAACAAACCCUGGCAAUACAAUACAAAUAUAUACCUUACACAGUCUUGGACGCCUUUAGUACUGGUCGCCAGACUUGUGAAGGUAGUAGAAACUUGGAGUACGCUUUCAGAAAUUUUGGAAUCAGUCAGGUUGCCCAGCUUCUCAAUCACCUCAAAGAUGCUCAUAAACAUGAGAAUCAGUCAUUAUGGUAUCAAAAUAUAUGGGAUCCUACAGUCACCAGUGAUGGUUUCAAAGGAUUCUUUCAGAAGUGUUUUGCAAACAGAUCAUAUGCUUAUACUGACCCCAAAGCUUGCUCACCUGAAGAUACUGAAAAAACCAGCAGUAUUUGGGAAUAUUCCUUCUAUGCACCAAACAAUACAGCAUAUUUGAUCAAACUUCAUGGAGGAAACGAGACCUUGGUGAACAGGUUGGAUCAUUUCUUUGAAAAAGGUCACUACCUUGCUGGCAACAAACCUAGCUUCCAAACUUUUGUUGGGUAUCACUAUGCUGGUAAACCAGCAGAUUCAGUUUCCCGAGUACAAUCAGUAGUUUGUGACAAUUUCAACACUGGGCCUGGGGGAUUCCUGGUAAUGAUGAUCAAGCUGUGA